UCUAUGUCCCAGGCCAACCCGCUUAUCCCCAGCGGCAUCUCCUCCACCUGCUCCUCAUUCCUCACUUCGCUCGAUACCGACACUGCUCUCGCCUCUUGCGCCAGCCCACUUGUGAAUGCCACCGCCGACUUCGGUCCUUCCGGAAACUCCACCGGCACUGCCUCCGCAUCUACCAUCUCUUCUGCGCUCAACAACGUUUGCAGUAGCACCACGUCCUGCGAUCAAUCCACCGUUCGCGGCCUCCUCGCAUCCUUCUACGGGAACUGCACCGCAGAGCUCACAUCCUCCGUCAACUCGGACGUCAUCCGCACCUACGAUGUCCUCUACUCUCUCAUCCCCUUCAAGGAGGCCAUCUGCUCCAAGGAUGACAGUGGCAGGUACUGCGUCAGCACCCUAAACACGACUUCUUCCGCCGCGUCAACUGUUCGUCUCGCCGGUAGCAGCAGCAGCGGAGACAGCCUGUAUUCGAGCGUAUCGUUGUCAAGCAAGAGGGACGACCAGGUCGCGUUCGUUCCAAACGUGACGACGUACAGCUCCGACAACCUCCUCUUCCUCUACCUCACCGCCGGCCUCACCAGCGAGCAACUUUGCACCACGUGCACGCAGGAGAUUAUGACCGCAUACAUGAACUUCGAGUCGUCUGUCGCCUACGCCCCAGGUCUCGCCAACUCGCCCAUGCUUUCCGGCCAGACCGCCCUCUACAACGGUAUCCAGACCACUUGCGGCUCGACUUUCCUUAGCGGCUCCGUUGUCGCUGCCGGUGGA